UUGCUUUGUCUUCUUGUUUUUGUGUGCAUCGGAAGCCAUCGCAAGUGUUACGCGACUUUGCUGCGAAAAAACUUGUUUCUUUCGUAACUUUAGUGAAAAUUGUGCAUUUAAUUUGCUCCGUGAAAGAAUAGAGCAUUCUAAUUUCCAUAAAAAGUCCAAGCAUUGAUAAAAAUAAAGUGUUCCAUCGCAAUCAGCCCACGAGUGUUCCACUGCAAAGUGUCGAGCAUGAACAACAACGGAUUUAGCACGGGCGAAGAAGAUUCCCGUGGACCGGCCGAUCAGGUUUGCUGCCUGUUGGAUGACGGUGAACGCUGCCGGAACCAGGCAGGGAAUGCCUCUUACAGUAAACGCAUUCAGAAAACCGUCACCCAAAGACGGCUCAAGCUGAGCAUCGAUUCGGCAGCCCGUCAUAUCUACAUUUGUGAUUUUCACAAAGGGCGAAUUCAGUGCGCUCGUACCAAGCGUCGUCGACGCGAUUCCGAGGACGAUAGCAAUGAAACUGAUACGGACCUACCGGAGGUGGACCUUUAUCAACUGCAAGUGAAUACUCUGCGACGCUACAAGCGGUUUUACAAAGUAUCGACCAGACCUGGUAUUAACAAAGCACAGCUUUCGGAGACAAUCAUGAAGCACUUCAAAACCAUUCCGAUAAAGGAGAAGGAAAUUCUCACCUACUUCAUCUACAUGGUCAAAUCAAACUCGAACAAGCUGGACCAUAAAAACAAUGUCGGCAGUGAAGCAACCUGAAAGUAGGCUAACGUUUUUAUGUAAGUCCUUAAAACUGCUUAGUCUGCAGAAUAGUAGGUAUUCUAUUAUUGUUUAAAAUUUACUCGUUCUGUAUAAAAGUUGUGCUCGUACUGUUCUACCAGUAGGACGAAACUGUAUGCAUUUUACGCCUAAACUGAAUAAUAAUCGUAACUUAAGUCCUCGAUUAAUACCGAUAUUGUAUUGAAA